UAGACGACUCAAUCUGCAACACUGGUGUGAAAACAAUCCACCUCGACACGGAGAAAGAAAACGACAUGUUUAAGGGAUUUAAGGAAGCUAUGAUUAACAACAGUCUCUAUCACCUCAUCAGCAGCUUGUCAUACGGAUAUUUCACCUUGUAUUAGAUGAAAAUCCGAGUUGUAGCUUAACUGUUAGCUAGCGUCUCUUUUGUUGCCCCAUGGUUUUUUUUUUACUAGCAAAGAGUGCGCUAAACUGAAGUGCGCUUUUUUGUGACUGAGGAAAAAAUGAGAGGAUUACACACCGAGAAAGUGAAGUUUUCCAACUUAACGUAACGCUUGUUUCCCCCCCCCCUCAGCCAUGUUUAGUGCAGCUGCUGCCAAGAUGUCUGUGGAGGCGAGUGAUGUCCAAACAGACGAGGACUGUGAGGAGCUGGUUGAGGAUGGUUUCUCUUUCUCUGCAGAUAUUUUGGAAAAGCAGAGAACGAGGAGGAAGAGAUCUUCUGGCAAACCUUCUUCUCCAAGGUCUCCAUACCUCUCGAGUCUGAAUGUGAACCCAAGGAGAGUAGCGGUGGCGGCCUGGAGACUGCCGAGGGCCUCCUUGGGGGACACCAGAGGGGACACUCCUGGGGACACCGGCUCAGCUCGCCUCACGUCCCUCAGCAACGGCCACGAUCUGUCCCAGAUGCUGAGGUCAGAGUGCGACGUCACACCAGAGCUUCUGAGACAGACUUUGACUGCGAGGAAACACAAACAACUCCACUGUGCAUCGAAUGGCACCACGUCCAGCAGCGGGGACUACAGAGAGAAGGAGGACAUGUAUGAUGAGAUCAUUCGCCUCAAGAAGUCUCUCCAGGCACAGAAGUCUGACAACCAGAAGAUGAAAGCCAAACUACGCCGCCUAGAGGGAGAUAACGCUAAAAGAGAGAAACAGCUAGAAGAACUGUUAGAUCCCACUAAAGGAUCUGAUUAUACUCGUAGUUUGGUGGAUAAGAAAAAAGAGGGGAGUGUGGUUCUCAACGGGCUGAAACAGAGAAUACUGAAGCUGGAGCAGCAGUGUAGAGAGAAAGAAAACGCCUUGAGUAAUCUGCAGAGCGAGCUGAGGACUACGAACCUGGAGGAGCUGAAGAUAACAGUAGAAACCUACUUUGAAGAGAUCCAAAGAUUGAGGAUGCUUCUUGAAGCUGCAGAGAAAAGUAGUCGAGCAGAGAGUAAAUGUUCUCAGAGACAGCAGAAAGCACUGAGCUCCACGGUUCUGCGUCUGUCUGACAACCUGAAGCAGCUUCAACAGGAAAACACGACGCUCAGAGAAGAGCUCAACACUGAGAGCCCUUCUGGAGGAGUCAAAGGUUACAGAGAGUGGAGUAAACAGAGACUGCUGAGGAGGCUUUUUGAAGUAGAGAAGAGGCUGGAGGACAGCAGGAAACACGCCCACAGAGCAAAGAGCAGCGGCCGAUUGGACCAGGAGGUUCAGACCACGCCCACCGAGAUUCUGGACGUUGCGCAGGGGUUUGCCAUGGCAACAGAGGCAGUGGUCUCCGUGGGAACGAGCACAGAGGAAGGGGAGGAGGUCGCUGCUCUGAGAGGAAGCCUCAGCCAAUUGGAGACGGAGAAGGCGGAGCUCCAAGAGACGCUGUCAAGUAAAGAUGAUGAAGUGAGACAGUUGAGGACAGAAAAUGAAGAACUAAAGAAAGAGGCUGUGCGAUGGAAGGAUGAACAGACCAAUGAACGGGACAAAGAGAGACAGCAGCAUGAACAGGAACUGGAGGAGUUGAAGAUGAGGAUUCAAAGUCUGGAGGAGGACAGAAGCAAACUUGCACAGGCUGAACAGUCUUCUCUCUCUCCCACAACACACGAGAACCUCGAGGACACUCACGGCGGAGCAGGACUGGAGGAGGGAGGAGAAGGCGACACUGGAGGAAAGGAGAAGGAGAAGGAGAGGGAAGAAGCCCAGCAGAAGAGUGAGAAUGGCCGUCAGAAGGAGAGAGAGAAAGCAGCGUGUAUCAUCCAGACAAAUUGGAGGGAAUACAGAAAUAGGGACAUCGUCUUGUUGCAGUCAGCAUUAAGAGGUCAUCUCCUCAGAGAACUGCAGCUCAAGGACUUGCAGGAAAAGGCCGUUGAGGCAACAAACUGCAGCAAUGUCGCCCCUCCUGUAGAAGGAGAGAUGGAUGUGGUUGCCUUGACAAUGAUACAGUCUGCAUUCAGGGGACACCUUGCUCGCUGUAGUCUUGCAAUAGAGAGUUCAGGGUUCUCUGUGCCUUCUCCACUGAGUUUGCCAACGCUGGUACCAAGAAGAGCUCGGUCAACACACACACCCAGCAGAACAGGUUCUGCAUCCCUCCAUAACAGUGGUGAAAAGCAGGGUGAGGAAGAAGACCUCUGGUCUGUCUCGAGUACUCAUGCAUCCAGCGUGACACCGACAACAGCCCAAACGGAGCUCCAGUUCCCAGCAGAGUCCGGCGGAUCCACUGCAGUCGAUUCUGAUGACUCUGAUGACAUCAUCGUGUCUCCCUCACGUCCCCCGAGAAGAAGAGAAGUCUUAAUCUUAUAGACCACCUGGGUUGUAUGUGUGUUUCCGUGUGUGUGUGUGUGUGUGAGAGAGAGAGAGAGAGAGAGAGAGAGAGAGAGAGAGAGAGAGAAAGGAGCGUCGCCAGGAAGAAUAUCUGCUUCUGUUUCUACUCAGAGGUUUAAAUCACCAUUUUUUUUGUCUUACUGAACCUACAAAAUAUAGCUGGGACGUUCUGUAAGUCAGGAUAUUAUGAAGCACUCACAAUAUUUGCUGUCUGCAUAUUUUGCCGUCUGUGUAAGCACUUCUACAGUAAUAACCAGAAUAUUCUGGGAAAUCAGGUGCAGUAUCUUUUAUGACAUGGAAAUACGAGGCACAUAAACACCUCACUUUGAUCGUGGUCUUAUUCAGGAUACUGUCAAAACAAAAAUAUGCAUUCAGUGUCUUAUUUGAGUGAUCAACUGGUUUAGUGUUUAAACGCUUGGCCCUGGGGCGAAAGGAUUUCCUGUCAAAGUGAAGGAGAAAGCAGUCUUGUGAUCAUGAAAUCAGCAUCCUCUUUCAUUUUGACCUGUUAUUCUGGUAGUGUAUUAUUCGAGCCAAAUAGCCCUUUUUUCAAUUUGUCUUAUUUAUUCUCAGCGGUUGUUUUGUUUUGCCAAAGUGCCUACUGCAUGGAGAUUCAAAUUUAAUUUAUGGUAAUAAUAAAUGUAUUAAUUUCUGCUAACCUGACUGGUCCAGUUGAGCCACAUCACUGAAAAAUCCUCUGGAUUUCACAGGAAAAUGUAAUUAAUGAGUCAUAUGUUGACAGGCCUGAUUUGUAACACGAAAACGUCCUUACGUAAAUCUAUCAUGUAUGCUUAGCAAAUGACGGCUGAUACUGAGGUACGAUUCUCAACUGAUGCACUAUUGAGCCAAACUGUGAAUAAAUUAUACAUCAGUCUGCUGCAAUACUAAACACACAGUCAGCACAGUGGAGGAAACACGGGGAGUGAUGCCAGUGAUGUGUAAAUGACGACCUUUAGAGACGUCAACAGACGACGAGUGCAGUUUUCCCCACAUGAUGUGUGUAACUGAAUUUCUGAGACAUUCAAUAAAAUAAAUUGUUUUUAU